AUGGCUGGCAACGAGGGUCCCAAUCGGUUCAAUCCACUCAGUGGGCUCGCCAAGUCGCUCGUCGCGGAGAGGUCUGGUGCAUCGCAGGCGCAAUCACAUGCGCCGCAGCAGCCAGCAUCAGCUCCAAACACAGCAGGUCAGGCAUCGCAAGACACACAGGCUAAGCCUCCGAAAAAACGAAAGAACCAUCGUGGGGGCAAAAAGAAGCGGCAGCGCAGGAAGAGCUUCGCCAUCAUAGACGAUGACGAGAACCAGAGCGAGGCGAGUGGUCCCUCACGGCAGCCACUCUACAAGAUACCAUCCGCCACCCUCAGCGAUGCAAGCUUUGAUAGUGAAGCUCUCUUAGAUCAUAGAGAACACCAGCCGAUGCGUGCGCGACGAAGCUCCACAAUUGGCGGUGCCUCUGGGCCCUUGCUGUCACCAUUCACUGCGAACGCGCCGGGUACUCGACUUCGAACGUCGCAGGCUGCAGGGGCAGGCGAGGAGACCGGUGACUAUUUCUCCAACGAUGAGCGCGCGCCACUGCUCAGCCAGUCUGCCAGAUCACAAACGGGUCCUUCAAGCUAUGGAGCUGGCGAAUCGAGAGGCGGUAGACCCAAGAGCCACGGCAACUCGAGUGUAUCAUCCAAUACGCGACGUGCGGCGACAGCGUUCGGGGCGAAGGAGAGAUAUGACAUCAAUAACCCGCCGUCCGUGCCUGGGUCGCCAACUUUCAGCGGCGUGGACCGGAUGGAGAUGACAUUGGGCGACGUCAUGAUCAGGGACGAGCUCGAUCUGCGCGAUGCCAGUCCACGACACUCCCGCGCGCCACGGGGAGGCAAAGUCGAUGACGAGGACGAAGACGAAGACGAUGAAUUGUCCGUGCUCGGCGGUGCUGUGCGCGACAAUAGGCCGGAUCAGCGACUUGGGAAGGAUGAUGUGUGCUACCCAGGACCGGAUAUGUCUGAGAUGGGCGACGAAAGGCAAGACACCGCCGAGGAACAAGCGCAGAGACCUCGAAGGAGGCGCGGUCAGUGGCCAGACCUCUCGAUCUUGGAGGAGUGGAAGCACAUGGAAAAAGAGGACCGCAGCGAGGAACGACGGGUCAAAACAAUCACGGAACCGCAGCUCAUCAACGGACGGCUCCGUCCUGUCAGAAAGGGGUGGUUCGAAACAGAAGAGGACGUCCCAUUCAGGUUCACCUACUUCAAUGAGGAGUUCCAGAGCACGAUUCACAGCCAGACCAUCUCUGAACUAGUGCAGCCUGGCGGAAGCUUUGCGGAACUAUUCAUCCCAGAACCCAGAGUCCUUAGUGAUGACGAGAGCGAAAGUGGCGACGAGGUUCCUGCACGAGCGUACAGGCCGGCGGCUGGUACCGACAGCGAAAAUAAGGGGUCGACUCGUACAGCGUCCUUCGCCGAGUCGAAACGCGAGGGGACUUUAUCACCAAAGCAGCAGCCUCAAGAAACGGUCACGGGGAAGAGCUCGGGUGAACAAACCCCCACGGGCCCUAAAGUCCCAGAAACCGGCAUACCUAAACCAGUACCAUCCAACGGGAGCAAACCUAGAGCCAAGAAUGUCCGCUAUGGGGACCGCCCGAUUUGGUGGCUCGACAUCCUUUGCCCCACGGAGGCUGAGAUGAAAGUCAUUGCCAAAGCAUUCGGUAUACAUCCCCUGACGGCCGAGGAUAUCAUGUUGCAAGAAGCACGCGAGAAGGUUGAGCUCUUCCGCAAUUAUUACUUUGUCAACUAUCGCACCUUUGACCAGGAUCUCAACAGCCAGAACUACCUGGAGCCUGUCAACAUGUACGUUGUCGUGUUCCGGGAGGGUGUCCUGAGCUUUCAUUUCUCGGUGACACCACACCCAGCCAACGUCAGACGACGCAUCCGGCAGCUACGCGACUACCUCAUCUUGUCGUCUGAUUGGAUUUCGUACGCCAUUAUUGACGACAUCACCGACGUCUUCCAGCCCCUGAUACAGAAUAUCGAAGAUGAAGUAGACGAGAUCGAUGACGGGAUCCUGCGCCUCCACUCAGUGGCAGAGAGGAGGAUGAAGGACGCAAAUCCCUCGAAAACCAACGACGAAAUGACGACCGUAGCCGAGUCGACGGGAGAUAUGCUGAGGCGCGUGGGUGAUUGCAGAAAGAGGGUCAUGAGCUUGUAUCGCUUGCUGGGCAACAAGGCGGAUGUCAUCAAGGGCUUCGCCAAGCGCUGCAACGAGCGUUGGGAGGUCGCCCCUCGUUCCGAGAUUGGGCUGUAUCUGGGCGACAUCCAGGAUCAUAUCGUCACCAUGACAUCCAAUCUGGGCCACUAUGAGAAAAUCCUCGCUCGUUCGCACGGCAACUACCUCGCGCAGAUUAACAUCCGCAUGAACGAGCGCCAAGAACAGACAGCCGACGUCCUCGGCAAGCUGACCGUCUUGGGUACCAUUGUGCUGCCCAUGAACAUCAUCACCGGUCUGUGGGGCAUGAACGUAUGGGUGCCUGGCCAGGAAUACGAAGGUGAUCUUACAUGGUUCGUCUGUAUCACAGCAGGCCUCAUUCUUUUUGGUCUAGCUUGCUAUAUGAUAGCCAAGCGGGUGUAUAAGAUUGUAUAG